CCUGUGUCCCUCUGUCAUCCCACGCCUUCCCUGUGUGUGUAGAGCGACCGUCACCAUGGCUCGCCUCUCCCCUCUCUACGUGUCACUCCUCAUCGCCAUUCUCUCCCUGGGAGUCGCGGACCAUCACGGGCGCACAAAGCCGGCCGCCCCUCCCAUCUCGGUGAAGCCGGGUGCUCCUCCCGUCUCGGCGAAGCCGGCCAUCUCUCCGUUCGUGGUGUCUCGCCUCGCGGGUUCCCAGGCGGACCUGGGCUUCCAACUCUUCCACAAACUGGGCGAGGCAUCACCGGGCCAGAAUGUCCUCUUCUCGCCUCUCACCACCUCUGCGGCGCUCAUGAUGCUACUGGCCGGCACGGCCCAUCAGACAGAGACUCAGCUCACCAACGCCCUGCGUCUACAAUUCCUCCGUGACCCGAAUCCCCAGGCCUCUUUCCAAGCACUGAUUUCAAAACUGCACCAUGGCCAUGACAGCACCAACAUCGCUGCCCGCAUCUUCACCGCCAAAGAUGCCAAAAUCAAGCAGCAAUUUCUCGACGCGGUGGAGAAGUACCACAAAGCGAAACCGCAGAACUUGAUCGGGAACGUGAAGGAAGACGUGGCACUGAUAAAUAAGUGGGUGGCCGAAAAGACAGAAGGACACAUCCCAGACUUCAUCAAAGAGCUUCCCGCCGAUCUGCAGCUCUUUAUUGUGAGCGCCAUUUUCUUCAAGGGUAAGUGGCUGAAACCCUUCCAGGUUGAGUCUACGAGUCCGAGGCCGUUCCACCUGAGUCCAACCAACGAGACGCAGGUCCCCACGAUGUUUGCCAGUAGUUACCCCGUGAAGAAGGGGAGACACCCCAGCCUGCCAGUCACGGUCGCCCAAAUCCAGUUCCAGGGCAACACGAGUCUGCUGCUGUUCGUCCCUGACGCGGUGAGCACCAACCUGUCCGCGCUGGAGUCGUCGCUCUCCUCCCAGGUCGUGACCACGCUGGUGGAGGAGACGUUGGUGCAGAAGAAGAUCAACCUGCAGCUGCCGCUCAUCUCCUUGGACGUCGAGAGCAACCUCAAGCAGACGCUGACGGACAUCGGUCUUGGAGAUCUCUUCAAUUCUCCGGACCUCAGCAAGAUCUCGGACACUCCUCUCCGUGUCUCCAAGGUCAUCCACCGUGCCACCAUGACCCUCAACGAGGAGGGAGUCAAGGCCGCGGCCGCCACGGGCGUAAUGAUCAGUCUCACAUCCAUCCAGUUUCCCGAGGAACUGAAGGUGGACAGACCGUUCGUCUUCCUCAUCAGAGACGACGAGACGGGCGCUCUGCUCUUCGCAGGAAGGGUCAUGACCCCCCCUCCCGUGCCCGAGAAGAAGAAGAAACACGGGGAUACCUCCUCAUCCGAGGAGCAUGGCAAGGAGGGAAAGCACGGGAAGAAGGAUGGAAAGAAGCAUCAUCAUUAGAGAGUGAGAAAUAAUUGGGGUCAGACGGGAUGAUUUUUUUUCUAGAUUUGAAGCUUUCGUGACUGCAAGGAUUCAUAUUCUUGGGUUUUUUGGUAAAGUCAGGUAGGUAAAAAGUUUAAAUAAAUAAAAGUAAAAUAAAAAUAAAAUAAAAAUCACGACGUUUCGGAGGCAACACAAGCUUCCGUCUUCAGGUGGAACCGUCACAGCAACGAUAUCUGUAUCAAGUGAUUUUUUUACCUACGUGACUUUACCGAAAAAAACCUAAGAAUAUCAUUUUUCGCGUGUUUUGGUCUACACGGUUUCCGCUCACUGCCGAGUCACUACGUCCGGUUCGUAAUUGAGUCUGUUUUGGAUUUGCCUCGUUCUCGCCGGAUUUAUCAGUCGCCUCCGCACCUCAAACGCAAAUCAGACGGUGAACAAACUGCACUCUCCUGAUGAACGGAGUGACGGUUCGCGCUAUCUACAUCACGCGGGGAAUGUUUUACCGACCAUCGAACUCGUGCGUGCAUGCAUCCUCAUUUGUAUUCGAGUGCGGGAGGACUGGUCAAGGUAGAAAGAUGAGACUGUGGUAGUUCGCAAGCAUUCGAGAAACCCUGUCGCUGUGGUCGCAAACUGAUGUCGAAAAUGUCAUGUGGUGGUGUCCUUGCAUCUGAUCCUGACACCAAGAUGCUUGUGUCUGCUGAAAAGUCCACCGAGGCGCUGUUUCAUCAAUAAACAUGAGCCCUACUUG